UCCCAUCCAUCCCCUUCCUUCCUCCUCAUCCAACUCCGCUCAUCAAAGCUUGAGCUUUUGUUUUUCUUGUUUUGUUUUUAUUUCUUGGUAGGAGUAACAAUAGUUCCUGGUUCUCCUCCUCUUCCUCUCUAUCUCUAGGGGAGAAAGAAAUCCAGAGGCAAAGCUUCAGGGUUCGUGUAAAUUUUAGAUCUAAUCAACUAACCAGAAAAAGCCAAAAGAGAAAGCAAGAAACCAUGAGCCACUUCGCCGCCAUGAAGAGCCCUCUGCCCGUCGCCGCCUCCGCCGCCGCCGGUGACUCCAAGAGUCCGCUCUUCUGCCCCAAGCCACGGCGCCCUGUGGCGCCUCUCCGGUGCCACCAGAGCGGCGGCUACUCCGACGCCGGCAUGGAUCUGCUCGACCUUCUCCUCUCAAAGGGCGAGGAGAGCGGUCUCUCGGCGGCGUCCCCGCAGCCGCCGCUGUUCUGCGGCUCGCCACCGCGGCGAGCGUCGAACCCGGUGGUCCACGACAGCCGGUUCGGCAUGGACUGCCCGCCCAUGCCCAUGCCCAUGCCGGCUCUGCCAGUGGUCGCGCCGGUGGCGGUACCCUGGCCCACCCCGCGCCCGUCGGCCGCGCCUUCCAUGUCGCCGCGCAGCGCGGCCGGGUGCGCCCGCGCCCGGUUUGCGUUCCAGCCCGCAGCGGUGCGCGUCGAGGGUUUUAACUGCCUCGACCGCAGCCGCGGCGGCCGUGGCCAUGGCAUCACUGCCAUGGCCUAGAUGCACAUACAACACCAAGUAACCCUGAGGCCCCUCUCCUCCAUGGUGCAAAGCCUUGUGCUACAACAAGCACUUGGAGGAGAGGAGAGAGAGAUGCGAGAGAAUCGAGAGGAGCAAUUUAAGUCCUAAAUUUAACCCCUAAAAACUAUAUAAUCCAUCCAUCCAUCCAAUCCAUUCCACAAUUAUAAUGAGUUUAGGUAAUUUUACCACAGAUCUUUUUGUAUGUAAAUAAAGUUCAGGUUCAGGUUCAGGUUCCUCAUGUAAAUUUGGGAGCACUAGUUGGGGAGGAAAAUUGGGUAGAAAUUUAGAGGGUGGAGCAGGGAAAAGGGCAUAAGAAAAAAGAAGAGCCCUCUUGGAUUAAUCAGUUUUUUUCCAUCUGUCCCUGCCUUCUCUGUGGGAGGACUAGUCAUUGGAUUUGGUGGGAGGGAGGUCGGGAUUAGUUAGGUAAUAUGUCCUAGUUCAUCCAUCAUCAAUCAUGCUUAUUUAUGGAUUUUGAUGAAAUUGUUUUUUGUCCAUGCAACCAAGAAAUUUCAAGGCCAUGGAGAUAUGUACAAAAGAGUAAGUGGCUACAAGAAGAGAGAGCAGCUAGGUUAAGCCAGUCAAUGAGCUGAGUGAGAGACAUGAUGUGUUAUCUGUGAUCUUUUUUCUCUUUUUGUAUAUUGUAAUAUCCUGCUGGAUUUCCAAUGAAGCACUCUGUAUAAUAUUAUGCUAUGAUUAUCAUUGUCAUCACCA